AUGAGCCAUGGAUCGCAAAUGCCUGGACACUUGGAAGAUGAGAGCUAUGAUCUCACCCAGACAGAGGAGGUUGGCCCCCUCGAGUCACUGAGCCCGAGGCCACCCACCACUCAAUGGAAGGCAUCGUCACGGAAAGUAGAAGAGACUCUUGCUCAGGGCCUGUCCAAUGAAGAUUUAUGGAUGCUGAUCCGGCGAUUUGACAAGCAAAUAUACCAUGUGAAAGCGGUUCAUGAUACCGCUGCUCUGAACUUGGAUCUCAAUCGGACAGAAAAUGAGCAAUUUCCACCCGAAAAGCUGCGCAUAACGCUUGAGAGGUUUUAUACCUCCGUGGUUGUCGGAGUGACCGAGCUUUUCCGCCAUAUCACGCGCCUGCGAUCAUGGAAGGAACCAGCGAGAACAACAAUAUUCUGUGCGGGUUAUUUUGUUGCUUGGGCCGUGGAUCUCUUAGUUCCAACCAUCCUGGGUCUUGUUGUUGCCCUGAUAAUGGUUCCGUCUGUUCGACUAUUAUUAUUCCCUGGCUUGGCAAAGACAGAAUACUCAAAUAGAAAGACCUCGGCAGACGGACAAGUUCAAUCUGAGGAUAGUCUCACGGGCGCCCCAGAAAACCAUAAGGGUGAAGCCGCUGAACGAGAAGCCAAAAAUCUAGUCGACAGUUUCGCCAACGUUGCUAUGGAGAGUGCAGCGGCUAAAUAUGGGCAAGCAGUUACAGAGGACACUGACAAGCCUGCGCUUAUUGAGAGCCCAGAAGCCGUCGAGACUGCAGCCGGAACCCCGACAGGCGAUUCCUCUGAAGACAAAACCAAGAAGCCCAUGAAAAAGAAGGUAGCCAAUGCGACCGAUAAAGUUAUGCGUAUUCUGAGCGAUAUUACUGAUAUCUAUGAGAAAUUCGCCAAUAUCCUUUCUCCAACACCUCCGUUCUUUUUGGUUACGUCUAGACUUCGCCUUGCGAGUAUCUUUACCCUGGUGUCUGUUAUUGUACCCUUCACAUCUAGUUAUUGGAUCAUCAAGCUCGUUGGCUUUGCGCUUGGACUGGGCUUCUUUGGGGACCCAAUAUUCACCUACACCCUUGACCUACUGAACAAUAAAGUACCAAACUGGAAAGAUCAUCUCGAUUUGCAAAAGACACUUUUGGCUGGCGUUCCUACAAACGCGCAGCUCACUUUGACCCUGCUUCGAAUUGGCGAGAUCAAUUCUUCUCCACUACCACCCGCUCCAUCCCCUGAUGACGACGAGCCGGUAUGGCCCAUUCGCCGCAAAAAGUCACAGACACCCAGCUCUACAGACCUCACUACGCAGGGAUCAUCUGUGAGCCUCCAGUCGUCGAGCUCUACCACAUCGCUCCCGGAAACAAAGGUACCGAAGAAGAGAUUUGUGUUCAAGCUUUUCAAGUUUUUCCGCCGCACAAUUGCCACGGCAAUCAAGGGCCAUAUCGCCUUUGACCGAGCCAUGGCCAUUGCAGGAUCAGCACAUACGAAGAAUCUGAUUGGAAUGCUUCAAAGCGGAAACUUUGCUGCUGCCGCAACGCAGUUUGGGCCUUUGAAGUUUGAUGCAAAGUAUGAACGCAAGAGAGGUGCGGCAGUCAUUGACUCGUCGAAGGAGCCUCCCAUCUUGUAUUUCACUACAUAUGCAUCUGCUGGGCUGGAUGAUUUACGCAUCGAAAGUAGGAAGAAGGGUUCUAUUCUGUUCCAGAUUCCUGUCACUGAAAUCAAGGAGUUGAAGAAGACCGAGGGAUUAGGAUGGAAGGGGAAAUUGAUUGUUGAAUUAACAGCUGGAAGUAAGGAGGCUGCGGAUGGUUUGGUUGUCACCGGUGAUGAGCCGGGCCAGUCUUACCAUCUCACUGGUAUGCGAUCAAGGAAUCAACUGUUCAAUCGGUUGGUUGCGAUUGAUGCGCAGUUCUGGGAAAGUCGUUGA